AUGGCUACACUCCUCACUACCAGCUGGGUGCAAGCCCUGACGCAGCAUCUAAAUACGCAAGACAUCACCUUUGGGGGCGUGGUGUCCUGGCGAACAGUCAAUGAAUGUUCCCUAAAUCGACCGGAUAAUGGGACCUACCUACUAGUACAUGCCAUUGUGCAUCGGGUCCGAGUCCGCCGAUAUCUGGGAGGUGGUCGUCAUGCCACUCUUGGUUUUUUUCAGCAAAUCUCCGACAACUGCACCAACUGGUCACCGAAUGCCUCGUUCUUCUCUUCUGUCGUCAAUCAUCAUGAUAUUGAAUACUUCGACAGCAUUUCCUUCGCUGGCUUUGAGGCUCUUGUUGAUUACGCCAAUCCUCAUCCUGGACCAGUCAGUCCAGCUCGCGUGGUGUCGUGCACUGGGACUGAGCAGACAUUUGUUGGACUCGUGGCUGAUGAAGAGCGGCUGGCGUUCUGGGAGGAGAGAUUAAAGGAAUUGGCUCUGGUCAUGGAGGAAACUGUGGCAAAAUCACAAGCUGCUACUCAAACCUUGCAUUGCUUUUGUAAUAUGUAUGUCUGCGAUCGAUCAUAA